CCUGGCGGUGGCGGCGGCGCGGGGCCUUGCUUCCGCUUUCCGCUGCGGCGCGCGUUCGGCUCUCAGCCCGUUCGGUAUCAUGGCGGCUACGGCCACGAUGGCGACCUCGGGUUCGGCGCGGAAGCGGCUGCUCAAAGAGGAAGAUAUGACCAAAGUGGAAUUCGAGACUAGCGAGGAGGUGGACGUGACCCCCACGUUCGACACCAUGGGCCUGCGGGAGGACUUGUUGCGCGGCAUCUAUGCCUACGGUUUUGAAAAACCAUCAGCAAUCCAGCAGCGAGCUAUUAAGCAGAUAAUUAAAGGAAGAGAUGUCAUUGCACAAUCUCAGUCUGGUACAGGCAAAACAGCCACCUUCAGUAUUUCUGUCCUCCAGUGUUUGGAUAUUCAGGUUCGUGAAACCCAAGCUUUGAUCUUGGCUCCAACAAGAGAGUUAGCUGUACAGAUCCAGAAGGGCCUGCUCGCUUUGGGUGACUACAUGAAUGUUCAGUGCCAUGCCUGCAUCGGGGGCACCAAUGUGGGGGAGGACAUCAGAAAAUUGGACUACGGACAGCACGUUGUUGCCGGCACACCUGGGCGUGUUUUUGAUAUGAUUCGUCGCAGGAGUUUGAGGACACGUGCUAUCAAGAUGUUGGUUUUGGAUGAGGCUGAUGAAAUGUUGAAUAAAGGUUUCAAAGAACAGAUCUACGAUGUGUACAGGUACUUGCCCCCAGCCACGCAGGUGGUGCUCAUCAGUGCCACACUGCCCCAUGAGAUCCUCGAGAUGACCAACAAGUUCAUGACCGACCCCAUCCGCAUCUUGGUAAAACGUGAUGAACUGACUCUCGAAGGCAUCAAGCAGUUUUUUGUGGCUGUGGAACGGGAAGAGUGGAAGUUUGACACCCUCUGUGACCUCUACGACACUCUGACCAUCACACAGGCUGUCAUCUUCUGUAACACCAAGAGGAAGGUUGACUGGCUGACGGAGAAGAUGAGGGAAGCUAACUUCACCGUGUCAUCCAUGCACGGGGACAUGCCCCAGAAGGAGCGAGAGUCCAUCAUGAAGGAGUUCCGGUCGGGUGCCAGCCGAGUGCUCAUUUCUACGGACGUCUGGGCCCGGGGGCUGGACGUGCCCCAGGUGUCCCUCAUCAUUAACUAUGACCUGCCCAACAACAGAGAGCUGUACAUACACAGAAUUGGGCGAUCAGGUCGAUACGGCCGAAAGGGUGUGGCCAUUAAUUUUGUAAAGAAUGAUGAUAUCCGCAUCCUCAGAGACAUCGAGCAGUAUUACUCCACUCAGAUCGAUGAGAUGCCCAUGAACGUUGCUGAUCUGAUCUGAAAAAUCUGCUCACUGGAGCCUCUUCACCUAUUUUGUAUCAGUUUGGAUUUUGUAUCAGUUUGGAAAUAUUUAGAGGCAGUUUCUAUUUAAGGGGGUUUGUGCGAACUCUAUUCUCAAGGAAUCUCCCCCCUCCCCACCUCACCCCAGGAUGAACUCUGGAGAUGGGGCCACCUUUUCUUACCCAUGUGUAAAUAAUGCAUUGCUUUAAGUCUUUUUCAUUAAACAUUUAAAACUUUUCCCAUAAA